AUGCCACAUCCGGGAAGACCAAAGGGUCGUAUGAAUAAGAAAACCCAAGCCUUGCAACAAGAGGCAUUGGCAAGACAACAAGCUGCACAAAUGCAAGCGGCUCAAGCGAACAGAUUAGCUCAAGAACAGCAACGACACCAUCACUCCAAGCAUGAAGCAAGCAAUAUUAAGGAAGAAGCGGGUAUUCAACUCCAUGAUGAAGCUGAUUUGAUAACGUAUCGUAACGAUGCACUAAUAAGAUACAUGACGAAUCACGAAUACAUUGAAAAUGUUCUUGCUAAACCCAUUCACACUUCGAAGAUACUUCCACCUUCGCUAUAUCCAACGUUACCGAAACGCAAUGUUGAAGAUUAUGGCAUUGCAACUCCUGAAGAGAUAUAUUAUGGAGAUUUACAGUAUAUGAAGUAUGUUGAUGAGCAAUUGCGGAAAAGCGUAUCGAUCAUGAAGCAGGAGGAUGAUCCCGGGUUUGUUAAAUACUUGUUCAACUCCGAUAAUUAUUCGUACCGAAGAGCCAAGUUUGCCGAGUUGGUUACUUUGCAACAGGAAUUGAAUGACAAGGGGUCGGUUGAGAAGCUUGAUAAUGAGUAUCAGCUGAUUAUACAAGAGUGCAAGGACAAGUUUCUCCAGGAGUAUAAAUUCCAGUCAAAUACCAAGGUGUAUUCGAUCCCAUUGCAGAGUUUACGUUCUGAUGUUGAUGUGCAGCGCGCUCCCGAGGAUUACAAUCCUAAAGAUUAUGAUACUGUUGUUUCACCAAAGGAGGAGCAACAGCAACCUGCACAAUCGUCACAUAAAGAAGUUGUUGUUUCGAAUGCUGAUGCCAACACUGAUAAUGGUGAGAAACCAGAUGGGGCCACAUCGAUUGACAACAAUGAUUUCAACUCAAAUGAUAUUGACUUGGAUCUUGACAGUAAUCCCGAUGGCAUGUUUCAGUUUGUUGAUGAAGCCAAUGACAACUUCGAUAAUCUUGCAUCGUCAAUAACGGAUGAAAAUAAUGGGCCUUCGCAAAAGCAACACCAAGGGCAACACCAAGGGCAACACCAAGAGCAACAACAACAAAUGAGUGCUACUUCUAAACUGGAACCUGAUGACAAUGCAAGUGCUCAGAAUCCUCCAGACUCAGCAGCCACGGCGUCCAACUCCAACUCCAACUCCAACUCCGACAAUAUACGGCUGGACACCAACGCCAUUUCCACCGCUGAGCCACAACAAUCACAGCAAUCACCCGAAGCCCAACAGACGCAGGAACAAGAUGGUGGUCAAAAUGUAAAUGAUGUUGGCCAAAACGAUGGUGAUGAUGACGAUCAGCUCAAUAACGCAAUGGUGGCUGAAAUUAACGACUUGUUUAAUGACAAUGACCAUGAUAUGGACCAUCACCUGGCUAUAGUGAAUGAUGAUAUUGGCGAUCUCUACAAUUUUGACCAAGGUGACAAUGGUGACCUAUUGGGAGGGUCGGAGUUUGAGCAGGAUUUUUUGAGUCAGAUUAAUCAGAGUAUGGAAUAG